AUGUCGAUGCUAUCCACGCAAAGGGCCCUCGUGCCCGUCAUGCGGCAAGGUCUCGCCGCCCAGACUGCACCCGCACACUCGGCCCGCGUGCUUGCAUCCACGGCUGCGCGCAGCCUCGCCGCCCACCACAAGCUCCCCAGCUCCCCUUCGACACCACGAAGCUUCUCCCAGUCCGCGACACAUGGCGCCCCCAACCCCUCGAUAUUAGGCAUAUCGGGCCCGGGAGGCCCUGGCCUGACCACCUCCUACUUCCAGAAACCGUCCCUCCCCGCCAACACAAUCAUCCGCUUCGUGCCCCAGCAGACGGCCUGGAUCGUCGAGCGCAUGGGCAAGUUCAACCGCAUCCUCGAGCCUGGCCUUGCAAUCCUGGUACCCUUUAUAGACCGCAUCGCCUACGUCAAGUCGCUCAAGGAGAUCGCCAUCGAGAUCCCCAGCCAGAGCGCCAUCACCGCAGACAAUGUCACCCUUGACCUGGACGGUGUCCUUUACACCAGGGUCUUUGAUGCUUACAAGGCGAGCUACGGAGUUGAAGACGCCGAGUACGCCAUCUCUCAGCUCGCCCAGACCACCAUGCGCAGCGAGAUCGGCCAGUUGACCCUCGACCACGUCCUGAAAGAGCGCGCCGCCCUCAACACAAACAUCACCGCCGCGAUCAACGAGGCCGCCCAGGCCUGGGGCGUCACAUGCCUGCGCUACGAGAUCCGUGAUAUUCACGCCCCGGCCGGCGUCGUCGAGGCCAUGCACAGGCAGGUCACCGCCGAGCGCAGCAAGCGUGCCGAGAUCCUGGAGUCCGAGGGUCAGCGCCAGAGCGCCAUCAACAUCGCCGAGGGUAAGAAGCAGGGCGUCAUCCUGGCCUCCGAGGCCCUGCGCGCCGAGCAGAUUAACCGCGCCAACGGUGAGAGCGAGGCCAUCCUGCUCAAGGCGAAGGCCACGGCCGCGGGGAUCGAUGCGGUGGCCAAGAGCAUCGCCCAGGGCCAGGAUUCGGCACAGGGUGCGGUCAGCCUGUCGGUCGCCGAGAAGUACGUCGACGCGUUUGGCAAGCUGGCCAAGGAGGGCACUGCCGUUGUGGUGCCCGGUAAUGUCGGAGAUAUCGGCGGGAUGAUCGCCACGGCCCUCAGUGUGUACGGCAAGGUCGGAGAUGUGCAGGCCAAAGCCACGGCGAAGAAGGCGCUGGAGCAAAGCCAAGUCAUUGAGGCAGGGUCCGAUGCCGAAUCCGCAGCCCCCGUCUCUGACAAGGACAGCAUCGUCGCCGACUUCGACAAGGCUGCGAGAAGAUAG